AUGUUAUACACCGCCUGGGACACACCUGCUCCUGUUACUAGGUCACACCUCCCAGCCCUCUGCACCAACCCACCGCCAGAGCCCUCUCAGCCCUCAGCACCGGAGCCCUCACAGCCCUCAGCACUGGUGCCCUCACAGCCCUCAGCACCGGUGCCCUCAACACCGGAGCCCUCACAGCCCUCAGCACCGGUGCCCUCAGCCCUCAGCACCGGUGCCCUCACAGCCCUCAGCACCGGAGCCCUCACAGCCUUCAGCACCGGAGCCCUCACAGCCCUCAGCACCGGUGCCCUCAGCCCUCAGCACCGGUGCCCUCACAGCCCUCAGCACCGGUGCCCUCACAGCCCUCAACACCGGAGCCCUCACAGCCCUCAGCACCGGUGCCCUCAGCCCUCAGCACCGGUGCCCUCACAGCCCUCAACACCGGAGCCCUCACAGCCCUCAGCACCGGUGCCCUCAGCCCUCAGCACCGGUGCCCUCACAGCCCUCAGCACCGGUGCCCUCACAGCCCUCAGCACCGGUGCCCUCACAGCCCUCAGCACCGGUGCCCAACCAACGCACACAAGAGAAUGUGAUGCUCGUGAUAACAGACAGGGAGGUGGUCUGACGAGGACAGAGAAAUGGGGGGGAAGAGAUAUCAUAAUUGAUAUGAAAUCAGGUGACUAA